UCUCAAACUCUUUCUUCCAAGGGCAAAUGAGCCGUUCAAGCCGCACCCUCUAUGUGGGCAAUCUGCCUGGGGAUACACGUAUGAGAGAAGUCGAAGAUUUAUUUUACAAGUAUGGACCCAUUGUUGAUAUUGACUUGAAGAUCCCACCAAGGCCCCCUGGUUAUGCUUUUGUUGAGUUUGAGGAUCCGCGUGAUGCUGAAGAUGCAAUUUGUGGUCGAGACGGGUAUAACUUUGAUGGGUAUCGUUUGCGGGUUGAAUUUACACAUGGUGGGCGAAGGCCUUCAUUGUCUGUGGAUCGCCAUAGCAGUUACAGUGAUAGCAGUACCCGUGGACCUUCCAGACGCUCUGACUAUCGCGUUUUGGUGACUGGUUUACCAUCUUCUGCUUCAUGGCAAGACCUAAAGGAUCACAUGCGCAAAGCUGGGGAUGUACGUUUCUCUCAAGUGUUUCGUGAUCGUGGAGGGAUGACAGGGAUUGUAGAUUACACAAACUAUGAUGAUAUGAAAUAUGCCAUAAGGAAGCUUGAUGACUCUGAGUUUCGAAAUGCAUUUGGCCGGGCUUACAUACGGGUGAAGGAGUAUGAUUCGAGAUAUGAUUCUAGGCGCAGCUAUUCUAAAAGUCCAAGCCGUAGUACGUAUAGUCCAAGCCCUAGUCGAAGCCGAAGUUAUAGUAGCAGGAGCAGAAGCAAAUCUCCUAGGCCCAGGUACUCGCGGCGAUCUCAAUCUGUUUCUAGGUCUGAUUCACUGCAUUCCCAUUCAGUUUCACCUGCCCGCUCUGAUUCAAGAUCUCGCUCCAGAUCCAGAUCACUGACUCCAUCUCCUCGCAAUAAACAUGUGAGCAGAAGCCCACCAAAAAACAGCGCAAGCAGGAGCCAGAGCCGGAGCUGCAGUAUAUCUCAAGAACCAUCGGUGAAAUCUGAUUGAUGCGGAUUGAAUUCCAAGGAUCACAAGAUUUAUCUCCUCAGCAUAUUGUAAUCUUUUGUUAGCAUGAAUAUCAGGAUACUUGCAUAAGAACUAGUUUAAAUUUGGAUUUUGACUAUUCAGGCAGUAGUAAUUUAAACCUUAAUCUUCUCUAGUAAUCAUCAGUUAAAUCAUAUGAGCAUUGUCUUUUUUCUCUCUUAUCUGGACCACCGAUUUUAAUCCUACAUUCUCUAUAUCGGCUGGUUUUUAACUAUUUGUUGUAGGAGAAAUUGCUCAGUUGAUGAAUGAUUUAAGGUUAAAAGUUUCAAUGUGAUCACGAUAUUGAUUGAUCUUUAGUUUCAAUAAAUUUUUUGGUUUGUAUUUGAUAACUUUUCAUCCAACAAGCCCUGAGCGUUAACAGGGGAUUGUUGAUGGUAGAUCAUCUUUAAAAAAUGAGG